CCACUUUCUUGAGGACGCAGACCGUUUCAGUCAUGCACAAAUAAUCUGGUGCGCAGCAGUACGGACUGAACACGGAUUCAUUUCACUCGCGUAAAUCGUCUAUAAAUAGGAGUCUAGACCGUUUGACACCUGUCUUUCACGAUCAUUUCCCUCUACAACACAAAAAAGGCUUUAGACUUGAGUUGCGCUUGGAUCAUCUUGCGAAGGAAAAAAAACAAGACGUCCAUGCAGGAAUGUUGACAUAACACGCCGAAAACCUCUUCAGAGAUCAAUCUGCCCUGGUUUUCCAUCAUGAGUGUGCGUGAGGGUCUCCAACACUACUAGUGAGGGGCACUCAUGGCCCACCGCGUGCACGACCACCCGAGCCGCCUGCCAGUUGCCCAGGCCACUGUUCUCACCCUGCCAGCUACUAGUCAAACCAAGGACUUGAGGACCAGAUGGACGGCGCUGGAUUCUCUGUUGUGUGGCGCGUUCGCCGGAGCCGUUGCCAAAACUGUUAUUGCACCCUUGGAUCGUACCAAGAUCAUCUUUCAAGUGUCCUCAAAUCGGUUUUCAGCAAAGGAGGCAUUCAGAGUCAUCUACUGCUCAUACGUGAAAGAUGGUCUCCUCAGCUUGUGGCGGGGGAACUCUGCCACCAUGGUGAGGGUUAUGCCCUACGCAGCCAUCCAGUUCUGCUCCCACGAACAGUACAAAAAAGUUCUAGGGGGCCACUACGGCUUCCAGGGAAAAGCUCUUCCACCCUUCCCGCGUUUCCUCGCCGGCUCGUUAGCCGGGACCACCGCCGCCAUGCUGACGUACCCACUUGACAUGGUGCGCGCUCGCAUGGCAGUUACAGCCAAAGAAAUGUACAGCAACAUAAUGCACGUCUUUGUGCGCAUCUCCCAAGAGGAAGGUUUUAAGACCCUCUACAGAGGUUUUACACCCACGAUACUGGGUGUCAUCCCCUACGCUGGAAUCACAUUCUUCACUUAUGAAACCCUUAAGAAACUCCACACAGAAAAGACAAAACGAGCUCAGCCGUACACCGUUGAACGCCUGGCUUUUGGCGCAUGCGCAGGCCUGAUUGGACAGUCGGCCUCAUACCCUCUGGACGUGGUCCGGCGGCGCAUGCAGACGGCCGGUGUCACCGGCUCUGCUUGCAACAGUAUCUUGGGAACCAUGCGCGAGAUUGUGAGCCACGAGGGCGUCGUGCGAGGACUCUACAAAGGCUUGAGCAUGAACUGGCUCAAGGGGCCCGUGGCGGUGGGCAUCAGCUUCACCACCUUCGACCUAACGCACAGCCUUCUUCUCAAAUUUCACCAGAUUGGCUUCUCUACCCACUGACAGGCACAGAUGGGACCAAUGAAGCUCAAAUAUGGACGCUUAAGUCACAAACAAUCACUUUUUUAUUGACAAAUGGCUCUAUUAGGAAGUGUGUUUUGUGUUUGGAUUAUAUGUUCUUUUCAAGAUAAUCCACAUACCUUGACUUGAUUGACCACACGAGGGUUUGAUGAAUGUCACGUAAUGAAAUGAUUGUCCUGUUCAAGCAGUAUCAUGGUGAUUAUGAGUGUUAUCGUGAGUAGAAAUGGGAUAUCAAAGCUGCCCGAGCAAAUGCAUUCACAUGUCUUCAUUUGGAUGCUUUUUUGGGGAGGGAAUAUCAGUGGGUAAGGCAAAUUUAUUACUUUUUUUUUUUAAAGGUCACUUUAAUCAAUUAGAAAGCAUCUUCGUCACAAUAUGUGACCACUAUGCCAUUUUAUAGAGCUUUGAAUGACGGAUUUCAAGGUAAAAGCUUUCCUUUAUUUGUGUUUCGGGUAAAAUCUCAGAAAAUGUGAAAAUAUAUGCUUUAUUGAGCAAUGUAAUUAAAUAAAUGUAUGCAUAUUGUAUAUACGGAUUUUGUAAGUUAAACAAAGACGAGUUUAUGAUAGUUCCACUUUAUUGAGUACAGUACUUCCAAUGAUAUGAAUUCUGCAUUACAAAAAACGUCAUUAACGCACAGCUAUACCUCAUUUGUCCAGAUGAGGGGGCCCUUUGACAAAAUGUACACGAUCUGAAAGUCAAAUAAAGACUGAUUGUCCUGAACAUGUCAGGUAAAUGUGUU